CUCUUUUCCUCCCCCUCUCUUUACUCUCUAUCCCUGCACUCACUUGGCUGAAAGCUUAAAGACGCACAAUACUGACAUUCGGGACUCAUGACGCUAAUCACUGAUCAGCAAGUCCAAAAGUUCCGAGAUGAUGGAUUUCUGGUCCUGGAGGGCGUCUUUAGCCCUCAGGAGUGCGAGACCAUGAAACAGGAAAUUGACCAAAUACUGCAGAAUAUGGACGUCCCACUGCACUGCCGCACAGAGUUCACUACAAAACAUGAGGAGCAGCUUCAGGCCCAGGGCAGCGCAGAUUACUUCCUCAGCAGUGGAGACAAAAUCCGAUUCUUCUUUGAGAAAGGAGUGUUUAAUGAGAAAGGAGAGUUUUUGGUGGAAAAAGAGAAAUCUGUGAAUAAAAUUGGACAUGCUUUACACGCUCAUGUUCCUAUUUUCAGAGACAUCACCCACUCUCCACAAGUACAGGAGGUGGGUCGUGGGAUUGGCCUUGUGAAGCCAGUGAUUGUGCAAAGUAUGUAUAUAUUCAAGCAACCUGGAUUAGGAGGAGAAGUAACCUCACACCAGGAUGCUACGUUUCUGUACACUGAGCCUAUGGGUCGGAUCACAGGGUUCUGGAUUGCUCUGGAGGAUGCUACAGAACAGAACGGCUGUCUUUGGUUCAUUCCUGGUUCCCACUGCGAUGGAAUCUCUCGCCGAAUGGUACGUACUGCCCCGGGGACAUUUCCUUGUACACAGUUUCUUGGAGAAGAGAAGCAGUUCAGUGCUGACCGGUUCGUGCCCGCCCCAGUGCCUAAAGGAAGCCUUGUUCUUAUCCAUGGGGAAGUCGUCCACAAAAGUGAUUUUAACAGUUCUCCGUCUUCUCGACAUGCUUAUUCCUUCCAUGUAAUGGAUGCUGAAGGAACUAAAUGGAGCCCAGAUAAUUGGCUGCAGCCGACUCCUGAACUUCCAUUCCCAUCUCUGUACAUGUGAGAAGAACCCCUUGAUUGCCGUCUACCUGUCUUGAUGUAUUCACCACAUCUAAUAACUUUUAGCUACAGAUGGAGAUUAAAUGCCGUUAAUUGCACCUGAUCCAGUAUUUGCUAUAAAAGGGACAAUAAACAUACUGUGAACUCCUUA